UGCCUUGCAAUACCCAGAUAUAUAUAUAUACAGUAUAUAUACUACUCAUCCUGUGACUUCACACCUUUGUGCACUCAGCUAAAUGUUUCUGCGGGAGUUAUUUUUACUUUUAGCAGACAUGAUAUUUUGAGACGCCAGAAUAUUCUAGCCAUGACAGUUAAAACACAUAUCCUGUGUUUGCACCAUUUUGUGUCUCUGCAUGUCUAGAACAAAUAUAAAGUACUUGCAAGUUACAGCACAAUAUGAUGCAUGAUCCCCAGAAAUGUAAUGGGUUGUUUAUAAUUUCUCAUUUUAUUGGAUGAUUAUUGUUAUUGUAUGCUGACUCUUGCAUUAAAGAGAUCAUUAAACAGCUCAUUUUAGAGCAUAUUUGUUGUCAUUAAAGGAACAGUAGCUUGGAAAUGUCUGCCAUCAGAAAUGAUGAUAAAGAGGCACUUCAUAUUGAUAUUAAACAACGAUUAAACACUGGUUGGAUCAGUGUACCUUAAAAUAUAUUGUAAAUUCCACUGCUAAAGCUCAUUACAGCUUUUUUAUUAUUGCUAGAAACAGGUGUCCUAUUUGGAACCACAUUGACACCAUUGGAAGGGUGUCCUUUUUAACUCUGUGCCAGCAUAUGCAACAGAUGGCUCAUAUUUCAUUACCCUAUUUUAAUACAUUUGGUUCAUUCUAACCUUUAAUUAAUUAUUUAAAGCUUUAUUUUAAUAAAAAGUCCCCCAUGGAUAGCUUGCACCAGUUGUAACCAAUGGCAGAGCUUGGCAGCUGGCCUGUUUGGAGCCUGUCUGCGCCCUCAGCUGCCUCCAGACGUGACAGUCGGCUCUCUGUAUAGACUAUCUGACUGUUGGAAGCCUGAAAUAUUUGAAUGUCAUUGGGGGAGGUCAUCUGUGGCUUGAGGAGGGGGCAGGUCAAUAGGGGUUCAUAUAUGCUUCUGCAAUGUAGCAAGUGGAGACUUGCAUUAUAUGGUGGCCAAAUGGCCCUUUUUGAGGCUCCAGGGCCAUCUGUACACCAAUUUAAAUGGUAUAGUCCAAUUUGAACACCCCUCCAUAUUGAGCUAAAAUGGAAGAGCCUCUUUUGCAGUGUUUGCUGGGAAGAAGAAGUACAGUCGGGAUUGGGACUUUGGAGAGGAGGUAGCAAUCUGAAGAGAUCCUUGGGAAAAAAAGAAAACAAGAUCUCCAUUUGGGACAUCCAGUUUUUCUCACUGCAACGUGAACUAACCAUUAAGACUGUCCUACAAUCUUCCUCCGGACACAAUGGCUGACAAUGAGAUAUUUGAUGACCCAGAGAAGCUGAAGAGGGGUCUAGUGAAGGUUCUGGAAUGUGUGGCCACCAUCUCGUCUGCAGCAGCGGUGGUCAAUCCCAUCUUCGGUGUGGCUGGUUCUCUCAUCCGGGUGGUGCUGCACCACGUGGACGAUGAAGACAUUCAGAAACUCAAACGAGAGUUUGGCAGCGUGAAUCGAGCCCUUGAUGAAAUCUCGCAGCAGAACCGUCAAGCCCUGCUGCAAAUCAAGAAGGAAACGGUGGACAAACAGUACCACGAGGUGGAAGAAAACAUUCGCAAUCAGUUCCGCAAAUUCAUGGAGAUCGUGGAGGCCAAACCGGAGCAAGUGCAACGCAAGAAAGAUGAUUUCGUAGAGAGUUUCAUCAAUGAUAAAGAUGACCAGAACAUGUACACACUUUAUGAAGGCGUGAUGGGGAAGCGCAAACUCUUCAGCCAGCCCAUCCUAGACGUCUACAUGAAGCAUUCGCUGGGUGACCAGCGCGUCAUGGAAAACCUCUGCACUCGACUCGCGUACCUGUUCUGCAUCGGCUUCAUCGCUCUGAUGGGCUACUACGGCAUCCUGGGGGAUGAUUUGGAAUCCCGAAACGAAGAGUGGGAAGAAAAUAUGAGGAACGUGCAGGAGAAAAUGCAGGAGGUGCUGAGGAGAUGCAAGUAAAAGCUUUCUGCACAACCGACGAAGUUGCCUUUGUGCUUUGCCUUUGCCUCUUACACAAAUAGAUUUCAUCGACCUGCAGCUUUAUCUCCCUGAUGACCGCAGAUCAUGCUGAAGUGUACACAGUCAUUUCUUGUGAUCUGGUUCUUUUUUUUCUCUUUUUUUUUAAUCACACAAUCACAUGCCUUCAUGCCUUGCUUCAGUUUAACACUACAUUUACAAGAUAUGUCACACUAAUCUAAAGAAUGCUGGUUGUGGUUAUAUAAAUAUUAUUAAAGCUCAUAAGCAGUGUCACCUUGAAAACUGACUUCAUGAUGAACAACUUGUUUCCUGAAUAAAUACAUAGUAUAUACAAAUGUAUUCUAUAAAAUACAUAUAUAAUUUAAAGAAACCAUGUAUCUAUCUAUAUAUUCAUAAAUGUUGCAAAAUAAAGAGCAUACAAUUUACUGUCUGUGCAAACCAAGAUCACUAUUUCGAUCUGAAACGUUCAUGUUUAUGCAUCUUUUUGGCACAUUAGUAAUAGAUUUAAGUGUGCAUUUAAUUGUCUCCUGUGUGCUUUUUUUUUGUGUGCCAUUAGAACACAUACUGUGUGUUUGUUCAUCCAUAAUCACAUUUGUUUAUCCAUAAAGCACUGCAAUAUACAUAAAUAUACCUGAAUUAUGUGUUUGUGUGCUUUUUUAAUGUCUCAUGGAUUGGAACCCUUGGCCUUCCUAAUCAUUAUUAAAAUACCUUUUUAUUUUUUAUUAUUCAUUCUUUGGAAUGCUGCUGCACUUAUAACGCUGUACAAUAUUGUUACAUUUUUCAAUAAAGAUGAAUAAACAAGGAAUGAAAACUA